AUGCUCGGCCUGGCCGCACCCACCCCGCUCGCCAGGAAAGCCGUCGACGUCCUCGCCCAGACCCCAGCUGACAUCUUGAUCGUCCUUCUUCUCCUCGGCUACAUUGGGACGGUCGCCGAAUCCUCUCCUACGAACUUGCUAUCCAGCCCAGAUCUAUUGGAAAUGGGCCAGAGGUGGAGGGUCUUGAGAGUACCGAUGGCGUGGGAUUUCAACAGGGUACAUGUUUGGGCGUCGAUGGCUUUAGUCAGGGAAGAGUUUGGGUUGGACGUCGGAUUGGGAGUCGGCCUCCCUUUUCAGCCGUCUUCACGAACCCAAACCUCAACGCACAUGCAGACCGUACACAAAAUCCUCGGACUCCCGACCGCCUGUAUCUGGCACCUCGCCGCCAUCGUCAGGGAAUACAACCACGACCACAACCCUUUGAAGCAGAUCCCGACGCACCUUUAUGACGACCAGAUGACGGGUCUCACUAGCGGCACAAGUGACAACGGGAUAAUAGGCACGAACAGCAAGGAAACUAUAAACUGGGUUCCGUUGGAUAUACAGGUCUUCGAGUUAGCCUGUCGGAUGGAAAUGAUCGGACAGAGGAUUUAUGGGUUGGCCGAGGUCGGACGGGUUGUUGGGUCCAUCGGGCUAGGGGUUGAGGUCGAAGUUGCCGCAGGGCAGGAUGCGAAUAUGAGGGGGAUCGGCCCGGGAAUGGGGGGAGAGGAGGAGGGGAAGGAAUCUCCCUUCAUCUUCAGGGAGCUCGACCCUAGUGUGAAGUUGAAGAUGAAAAGCAAGGUACCAGUAGCAGCCGAAAGUUCAAGAGCGGGCGAGAAGAGGAAACGGGCGGCGAGCGAUGAUGCGUCCAUGAGGAUCAUCCGGAGCGGGUCGGACGUCGGGGCGGGAAAAGGGCAGCAUCAGGGUGAUUCGCAAGAGUACGAGCACUCGGGUGGAAGUAUCAGUGAGGUGGGGGGACAUUCUCAGGUUGUCGAUGAUUGCGAGUUGUUCAUCCAGGCCGCUGUGGAGGUCCCUGACCUGUAGAUACGAACGUGCCCUGGAAUCACUUCACAUUCGACAAAUACGAGACGAUAUACGAUAUACGACACAUACAAGACUACAGAGAGUGAAUGUCCUCAAGCUCUUUACGAUUCCACUUCAGAUACCUACAGUGUACAGUUGUAUAGUCAAUGCUUUCAAUAAACC